AUGGCGCUGCGCGCCCGCGCGCUGUACGACUUCAGGUCGGAGAACCCGGGCGAGAUCUCGCUGCGCGAGCACGAGGUGCUGAGCCUGUGCAGCGAGCAGGACAUCGAGGGCUGGCUGGAGGGCGUCAACAGCCGCGGCGACCGCGGCCUCUUCCCGGCGUCCUACGUGCAGGUGAUCCGCGCGCCCGAGCCCGGCCCCGCGCCCGACGCCGGCCCCGGCCCCGGCGGCCCGGCCCGCUACGCCAACCUGCCUCCCGGCGGCCUGGAGCCCCUGCCCGCCCCGCCGCCCGCUGCCUUCCAGCCGCCGAGCACCUUCCAGCCUUCAAGCACCUUCCAGCCGCCGAGCACCUUCCAGCAGCCGAGCAGCUUCCAGCCGCAGGGCACCUUCCAGCCGCCAGGCGCCUUCCAGCCCCCGUACGCCGGGGGCGCCCUGCAGCCGUCGCCCCAGCAGCUCUACGGCGGCGGCGGCGGCUACCAGGCGAGCCAGGGCAGCGACGACGACUGGGAUGACGAGUGGGACGACAGCUCCACGGUGGCGGACGAGCCGGGCGCGCUGGGCGGCGGCGCGUACCCGGACCUGGACGGCGCCUCCGCGGGGGGCCCCGGCCGCUACCGCCUGUCCACGCGCGGCGACCCGUCGCUGGGCCCCCGGGGCGGCCCGCUGCCCGCGCCGCACCCGCCGUCGGGCGCCAAGAGCUCGGCCACGGUGAGCCGCAACCUGAACCGCUUCUCCACCUUCGUCAAGUCGGGCGGCGAGGCCUUCGUGCUGGGCGAGGCGGCGGGCUUCGUCAAGGACGGCGACAAGCUGUGCGUGGUGCUGGGCCCGCACGGCCCCGAGUGGCAGGAGAACCCCUACCCGUUCCAGUGCACCAUCGACGACCCCACCAAGCAGACCAAGUUCAAGGGCAUGAAGAGCUACAUCUCCUACAAGCUGGUGCCCACGCACACGCGCGCGCCCGUGUACCGGCGCUACAAGCACUUCGACUGGCUGUACGCGCGCCUGGCCGAGAAGUUCCCGGUCAUCUCGGUGCCGCACCUGCCCGAGAAGCAGGCCACGGGCCGCUUCGAGGAGGACUUCAUCUCCAAGCGCCGCAAGGGCCUGGUCUGGUGGAUGAACCACAUGGCCAGCCACCCGGUGCUGGCGCAGUGCGACGUCUUCCAGCACUUCCUCACCUGCCCCAGCGGCACGGACGAGAAAGCCUGGAAGCAGGGCAAGCGCAAGGCCGAGCGCGACGAGAUGGUGGGCGCCAACUUCUUCCUGACGCUCAGCACGCCGCCCGCCGCCGCGCUGGACCUGCAGGAGGUGGAGAGCCGCAUCGACGGCUUCAAGAGCUUCACCAAGAAGAUGGACGACAGCGCGCUGCAGCUCAACCACACGGCCACGGAGUUCGCGCGCAAGCAGGUGACGGGCUUCCGCAAGGAGUACCAGAAGGUGGGCCAGUCCCUGCGCGGCCUCAGCCAGGCCUUCGAGCUGGACCAGCAGGCCUUCUCGGCCGGCCUCAACCAGGCCAUCGCCUUCACCGGGGACGCCUACGACGCCAUCGGCGAGCUCUUCGCCGAGCAGCCCCGGCAGGACCUGGACCCGGUCAUGGACCUGCUGGCGCUGUACCAGGGCCACCUGGCCAACUUCCCCGACAUCAUCCACGUGCAGAAAGGUGCUCUGACCAAGGUGAAGGAGAGCCGGCGGCACGUGGAGGAGGGGAAGAUGGAGGCGCAGAAGGCCGAGGGCAUCCAGGCCCGCUGCAACACCAUCUCCUUCGCCACGCUGGCCGAGAUCCACCACUUCCACCAGGUCCGCGUGCGCGACUUCAGGUCCCAGAUGCAGCACUUCCUGCAGCAGCAGAUCAUAUUUUUCCAGAAAGUGACGCAGAAGCUGGAGGAGGCUCUUCACAAGUACGACAGCGUCUAGUGCCGGGCGCGCGUGGGGCGCUCCAGUUCCAGGGUGAUUUCCGCAGCGGAGCACAGACGGCUCAGCUGCCGCCGCUCCCGCAGGCACAGGCCGCUCUGUGCCCGCAGCCGGGCUGGCUGUGUGCCGGCGCGGGCGGUGCCGCAUCGUAGCUAAGUUACACUAUGUACGCCUACACUACCACGUAGCGGGGAUACGAUUCUACUCUUUGCCUUAUUGCUUUCUGGAGGAUGGGUCUUCAGUGCAGACUUGGCAGACCUCAGAGCCCCGCGGGGUCUCGGGGCGCCCGGGCCAGCCUGCCCCAUGCCUUUCCCGCCCACAGACUGGGGUCCCCGAAAUUCAGCCUGUUCUCUGUUUACAAACUCCGACGAGAGCAGCUGUGCGACUUCGUGCCUUUAGACUCGGGUUUUCAUUUCCCCGCCCCCCUUUAUAAAGUAACACGACUUUUUGAUCGAAAGAGCGAAAGGCCAGUGCGUCCAGGGACGGCCUGCUAGUGACCGCACGAGGCGCUGGGCGGGCGGGCGGGAGGGUCAGCUGGCAGAGGGGCUGUGCUCCUCCGGGACCUGCGGGCCUUUGGGGAGGCGAUGGGGCACUCUGCUCCCUUAGGGGCUCCGUGUGGCCUCCCUCCCGCGUCCUGGAGGCCUGUGUGCGGGGCACACGCACCCCGCUCACCACGGAGGCCGGGCCGCCCGCGGGACAAGCACAGAUUCGGUGAGGACACGCUCGGCUCUGCCCAGGAGGGUUUCUUUUCUUUCCUUUUUAGCUCGAAGAUUUCUUUUCCUGUUCAGUGUGAUUUUUUUUAAUGGAUCUACACUGUUAACCGAUCGAGACUCCACUGUGAUUCACUCACUCGUUUACUUAAUCGACCACUUUUCAGGGAUGUCUGUAAAUUCAGUGUUACACGUGAUGCAGAUAGCGUUGAUCUGAGGAGGGACCAGAAGUAAUUCUAUUCCAGAUGCUGAAAGCAAGAAGAAUUGUUAUUUUUAAGUACUGAUAAGCCCCAGGACAUUUAACAUUAAAAAUUACCGUAAAUAUAUUCUUUUAAAGAGAAUACAAAGGCUGAUGCAUACCAAAAAGAUUCCCAAGCAGCUUCAUUUAAAAAAGCACAAAGAUUCUGGCUGGAAGCGCCCGGAUCUCCAUGUUUUUCGUCCUUGCUGAGCUCAGUAACGUGUGGCUGCGUUUGGAGAUGCGAACGUCCCUGACGGUGGCGGCACCUGCUGCUUGUAGGGAGGGAGGCUUAGCGGCCGCAGGAACCCUGCGCGUCAGCGUGGAGCAGAGCAGAGGCCAGCGGGAAGUGCUGGUGCGUCGCGCUGGCGGAGGAAGGGCAGUUAUCGACGUAAUUACUCCGCAGCACGGUUCCUGUCGAGAGGAGCCGCACAUGCACAGGGCUUCUAAGAUCGGGUCUCGUGACUUACCAACACUGCAUUCCUUAGGUUGUCUCCGGGACGUGGGGCUGUGACCAAAUACAUUGUUCUCUCCGGAGUGACUUCCUCUCAUUGAUGGCAAAAUACAGUUUGAUAAGCAAAACCCAUGUGUGUAUAAAUGCUAAUUUUAUGGCAGAAGUUUGGAGAUUAUAAUUCUAGCAUUUGCUCUAAGUUUGGGUCUGUAUUGGGCAAAUAUGCACUAUGCUUUCAAAUGAUUUGAAAACCCGUUUUCUUUGCCUCUUUAUUUUGAUGGUGGUUUGAUCUUCUUUUUAAAAUCACUAAACUCCUGCUCUGGCAGCCUGGACACGGCCUGAGGUGUCUCAGAGGCUUGUGCUUGGGCCACGGUGGGCAGGGCGUCGAUGAUACGGACUAAAGAUGGAGGCACCGGGAGUGCACGCUCACGCUGCCGCCUGGAGGACUGCUGUGCUUCACGGCGACCACACCCCGGCGGCUUCAGGUAACUCUCUGCGCUCGGACCCCGGAGUUCCCGUGCUCAUUUCCACCCGAGUCUUCACUUCUCUAACGUUCUUGGUCCUGUUGAAACAUUUCAGUAUAAAAGAUACUGCGAUGUGAAUACCCAAGAGAAAAACCAUCAUAAUGUGUACGCUGGUCAUGAAGAUCAGUGUGGUACCGCUUUUUAAAAUAAACUAUCAUGCCCUUCA